AUGGACCAGAAUCUUUUUGGGGGAGCCCCUCGGUUCCUGACUCGGCCCAAAGCGUUCUCCCUUAGCGUGGGUCGCGAUGCUACUCUCAGCUGCACCGUUGUGGGCACCCCUGUUCCUGCUGUCAACUGGGAAAAAGACAAACUGCGCAUUUCCACUGGAGGGCGCUUCAAAACCUUAGAGGAUGGGGAUGUAUAUCGACUCACCAUCUAUGACCUGACACUGGAGGACAGCGGGCAGUACAUGUGCCGCGCCAAGAAUAAUGUCGGUGAAGCGUACGCAGCUGUGACGCUGAAGGUGGGUCCUCCAGCAACAGUGGUCGAACGGGCGCCGGGGUUCACAGUGAAGCCCGUAUCCACUAGAGUGGGUUUGGGGGGUGAUGUUACUUUCUUCUGUCGUGUGGCAGCUCACCCUGCUCCCAAAUUCGAUUGGGAGAAGGAUGGACGUUAUCUAGGCGAGACCAAUCGCAUCAAGAUCACGUCGGACAGCGAGUCCAGCACUGUGAGGAUUCAGAGUGUCAGGAGCUUGGACAGCGGCACUUACACCUGCCGGGCUCACAACUCCAUCGGUCGAGCACAAGCUGCCGCCACUCUGGUGGUGGACACUCAGGACACACGACUUCUCGACGCCGACAAAAGCACCUCUCUCCUGUCUCACCUGCAGAAACGAAAAGAGGAGAUGUGUAAGGAUAUUUCCCUUUACCGAACAACCGAGAGCUAUUCCCUGUCCUCCUCAUCCUCAUCUAAUAUCAUUGAAGGGCUCAGCAAGCUGGGCCUUGCCUCCGAUCAGGAGCAGCAAGUCUCAGCCUUGGCUGGUAAACUCCCCAAAGGUGUCUUCACCCGAACCUGCAUGGUGACCGAGGGCAAGCACGCCAAGCUCAGCUGCUUUGUCACGGGCCACCCCAAACCCCAGAUCAUCUGGAGGAAGGAUGGGGUGAACAUCAGCGAGGGUCGUAGGCACAUAAUGUAUGAGGACCAAGCGGAGAACUUCAUUCUCAAAGUCCACUACUGCAAACAAAGUGAUAAUGGCCUCUACACCUGCAAUGCCUCUAAUUUAGCUGGACAAACCUACAGUGCUGUUUUGGUGAUUGUGAAAGAGCCGGCGGUGGCAUUUAAGAAGAAGCUGCAGGAUGUGGAGGUGAAGGAAAAGGAAACAGCAUUGUUGUUGUGUGAGGUGCCCGUGCCAAGUACUCAAGCCUCCUGGUUCAUGGAGGAGACUCGCCUGGAGCAGAACGCGAAGUACCGCAUGGACGAGGAGGGCACGCUGCGUCUUCUCACCAUCCACAACGUCACCACCAACGACGACGCUGUUUACAUCUGUGAGAUGAAGGAAGGGAGUCGCACUGUGGCCGAACUCACUGUUCUGGGAAACAUCACCAAGAAGUUGCCCAGAAGAACAAUCGUGCCGGUGAGCGACACAGUGAUCUUCUGCGUGGAGCUCGAGCACCCUGUCGAAGAUGCUUAUUGGACCAGGAAUGGAGAGAAGCUGAAGGAGGACUCCAGGAUCAUCAUCGCUCGCACACUUAAACAGUACACGCUGACCAUCCGAGACUGCAAAGCGGACGACUCGGGCGAGGUGGCGUUCAUUGCCGGCGACUGCAAGACUUCUACGCGGUUCUCAGUUACAGCACCAAGGAAGCAUCCCCCUGAUUCCCCGGUCAAGCCGAUUGUGCUGAACAAGACGGACAGCUCCAUCACUCUGAGCUGGUCUCGGCCAGACAGUGAGCGGCCUGUACCCAUUAAUGGUUACGUGGUGGAGAGAAGGAAGGUUGGAGCUCAGACGUGGGUCCGAGUCACGGGCAUGGAGCUUGUCACAACCAGCCAAUACACCAUCAGCAACUUCACAGAAGAGAGCAGCUACCAGUUCCGUAUUUCAGCCGUAAACGAUUUCGGUCAGAGCGCCUACCUGGAGGUUCCUGGAACAUAUUAUCUUGAGCCCACAGCCUCGGUGACGUCAGGUCUGCAAAGCUGCACUGCCGUGUCUGGCGAAGAGGCCACCUUUAGCGUGGAGCUUUCCGCGACAUGCUCCGGUAGCUGGAUGCUGAACGGCCGGCUGAUCCGCAGCGGGGCAGACUACCUCAUCACUCGCUCCAAGACCACGCACACACUCGUGAUCAGGGAGGUGACCAUGUUGCUGGAUGGAGCUCAGGUCAAAUUCAUGGGUGGGGGUUCAGAAAGCAUCUGCACUCUCAAUGUAAAAGUUGCCCCGGCACGUUUUACGAUGAAACAUUCUGAAUCGGAGAUCUUUACGUUCAGGGCUCACUCCUCUGCCCAGCUGUGUACAGAGGUGUCGGAUGCUAGUGUCCAGGUUAACUGGAUGAAGGACGGUAAGGAGCUGAGGAUGGGAAAAAAAUAUGAGACCAAGAGUGUGGGAUGCACACGCAUGCUGACUAUUCAUAACGUCACUCAUGAGGAUGCAGGAAUCUAUGUAUGUGUGUGUGACGGUGAUAAGCUGUCCUUCCGGCUCUCUAUCAAAGAGGAACCAGCGAAAUUUGUGAACAAACCCAAGACUCAACCCCUGGAGGUUUCUCCUUCGAUGGGCGACGUGACGCUGAGUUGCGAGGUGGAGUCGCCAACAACUACUGUUGUGUGGAAGAAGGAGCACAAAGAAAUAAUGGAGGACAACAGGGUGACCUUCGUGUCCCAGGGGACCCAGAGAAAGCUGGUUAUCAAAGGAGCCAAGCAGAGCGAUGAAGGACACUAUUCAUGUGAGACGACUGAGGACAAGGUCGCAUUCAGGGUCAAAAUACAAGAAACUCGGGCCACUUUCAUCAACAAGGACACCUAUCAGAGGGAGGUGAGAGUUUCAGUCUUUCAGAAAGCCACCCUAAGCUGUGAGGUGUCCGACUUGAAAACGGAGGUGAAGUGGUAUAAAGACGGCAAACAGCUCAUCUCCGGUAGGACCAUUCAUGUGGAGACGAAGGGCAAAACCCGUCAACUAGUGUUGGACAGCGUGGAGAAAAAGGAUGCAGGAGAGUACACCUGCGAAGUAGGAAACGAGAAGCUGGCCUUCAAGAUUCAUGUGACAGCUCCCCCUGUAGAAACCCAAGCUCAAGCGAUCUUUGUGAACAAGGACACCUAUCAGAGGGAGGUGAGGGUUUCAGUCUCUCAGAAAGCCACCCUAAGCUGUGAGGUGUCCGACUUGAAAACGGAGGUGAAGUGGUAUAAAGACGGCAAACAGCUCAUCUCCAGUAGGACCAUUCAUGUGGAGACGAAGGGGAAAACCCGUCAACUGGUGUUGGACAGCGUGGAGAAGAAGGACGCAGGAGAGUACACCUGCGAAGUAGGAAACGAGAAGCUGGCCUUCAAGAUUCAUGUGACAGCUCCCCCUGUAGAAACCCAAGCUCAAGCGACCUUUGUGAACAAGGACUCCUAUCAGAAGGAGGUGAGGGUUUCAGUCUCUCAGAAAGCCACCCUAAGCUGUGAGGUGUCGGACCCGAAAACUGAGGUGAAAUGGUAUAAAAAUGGCAAACAGCUCAUCUCCAGUAGGACCGUCCACGUGGAAACGAAGGGCAAAACCCGUCAACUGGUGUUGGACAGCGUGGAGAAGAAGGACGCAGGAGAGUACACCUGCGAAGUAGGAAACGAGAAGCUCGCUUUUAAGAUUCAUGUGGAAGAAUCCCAAGCUCUUGCAACCUUUGUGAACAAGGACACCUACCAGAACGAGGUCAAAGUUUCCACCUCUGAAAAAGCCACUCUGGGCUGUGAAGUAUCCGACUCGAAAACUGAGGUAAAAUGGUACAAAGAUCGCAGACAGAUAAUCUCCAGUAGGACUGUCCACAUGGAGUCAAAAGGCAAAAUCCGUCAACUGGUGUUGGACAGUGUGGAGAAGAAGGAUGCAGGAGAGUACACAUGUGAAGUUGGAAAUGAGAAGGUGGCCUUCAAGAUUCAGGUGACAGAACUUCAAGCCACUUUCAUCAACAAGGACACCUAUCAGAGGGAGGUGAGCGUUUCAGUCUCUCAGAAAGCCACCCUAAGCUGUGAGGUGUCCGACUUGAAAACUGAGGUGAAAUGGUAUAAAGACGGCAAACAACUCCUAUCGAGUAGGACUAUCCACAUGGAGACCAAGGGCAAAAUCCGUCAACUGGUGUUGGAUAGCGUGGAGAAGAAAGAUGCAGGAGAGUACACCUGUGAAGUUGGAAAAGAAAAGCUGGCCUUUAAGUUACAGGUGACAGAACCUCAAGCUGUUUUUAUCAACAAGGACACCUAUCAGAAGGAGGUAAACGUUUAUGCCUCUCAGAAAGCCACCCUGAGCUGUGAAGUGUACGACUCUAAAACGGAGGUGAAAUGGUUUAAAGACAGCAAACAACUGAUCUCCGGUAGGUCCAUCCAUGUUGAAAACAAAGGCAAAGUCCGUCAGCUGGUGUUAGACAGUGUGGAGAAAAAGGAUGCAGGAGAGUACACCUGUGAAGUAGGAAAGGAGAAGCUGGCCUUUAAGAUUCAGGUGACAGAACCUCAAGCAACUUUCAUCAACAAGGACAGCUAUCAGCGGGAGGUAAACGUUUCUGCCUCUCAGAAAGCCACCCUGAGCUGUGAAGUGUCCGACUUGAAAACUGUUGUAAAAUGGUAUAAGGACGGCAAACAGCUUCUAUCAAGCAAGACCAUCCACAUGGAGACCAGGGGUAAAAUCCGCCAACUUGUGUUGGACAGCGUGGAGAAGAAGGAUGCAGGAGAGUACACAUGUGAAGUUGGAAAUGAGAAACUGGUCUUUAAGAUUCAGGUGACAGAACCCCAAGCAGUUUUUAUCAACAAGGACACCUAUCAGAGGGAGGUUAAAGUUUCUGCCUCUCAGAAAGCCACCCUGAGCUGUGAAGUGUCAGAUUUAAAAACGGAGGUGAAAUGGCAUAAAGAUGGCAGAGAGCUGAUCUCUGGUAAGACUGUUCAUAUGGAGACUAAAGGCAAAAUCCGUCAACUGGUGUUGGACAGUGUAGAGAAGAAGGAUACAGGAGAGUACACCUGUGAAGUAGGAAAUGAGAAGCUGGCCUUUAAGAUUCAGGUGACAGAACCUCAAGCAACUUUCAUCAACAAGGAUACCUAUCAGAGGGAAGUCAAAGUUUCCGCCUCUCAAAAAGCCAUGCUGAGCUGUGAAUUGAACGACUCCAAAACUGAGGUGAAAUGGUAUAAAGAUGGCAAACAGCUCCUAUCGAGUAAAUCAGUCCAUAUGGAGACCAAGGGCAAAAUUCGUCAACUUUUGUUGGACAGCGUGGAAAAGAAGGAUACAGGAGAGUACACCUGUGAAGUUGGAAAUGAGAAGCUGGUCUUUAAGAUUCUGAACUUCUCUUUAAUACUUCUCCCUUCAGAACUUGAAGCAGUUUUCAUCAACAAGGACACCUAUCAGAGGGAGGUAAACGUUUCCACCUCUCAGAAAGCCACCCUGAGCUGUGAAGUGUCCGACUCAAAAACUGAGGAGAAAUGGUAUAAAGACGGUAAACAGCUCAUCUCCAGUAGGACCGUCCACGUGGAGACGAAGGGCAAAAUCCGUCAACUGGUGUUGGACAGCGUGGAGAAGAAGGACGCAGGAGAGUACACCUGUGAAGUUGGAAAUGAGAAGCUCAUCUUUAAGAUUAAUGUAGCAGAUGUUUCUGCUAAAUUCCAAAAGAAAUCCAGUGUAAAGGAAACUGUAGCUGUGCAAGAAACUGAGAACAUUAUCAUGACAACGAUGGUAACAACUGAAAACGCUAAUGUUAGUUGGUUCAGGGACGGAGUCCAGCUAAAGGAGGGUGAUAAGUACGAAAUGAAGAAAGAAGGUUUGUCUCACGUUCUUAUUGUCAAGUCUUCUGAAGCAAAGGAUCGUGGCACCUACACUUGUCAGACAGCUGAGGACAAGAUGGAGUUCCAGGUUCAGAUCAAAGAGGCUCCACUGAAAUUUGUGGUUGGUUUGGAGCCAGCAUCUGUCGUCCUGGGCAGCACCAUGACUCUGUCCUGCCAGUUAAACCAAGCUGCAGGGGAUGUCCUCUGGAGACACAAUGGCAAAGAAGUAAAGCCUGGAAGCAGAUACGUCAUCCGUGCUGAUGGAGCCCAACGUUCACUGACUGUAUCUUCUGCAGCCCAGGAAGAUGAAGGGGAGUAUAGCUGCGAAUGCAGAGAUGAUAAGACUACUGCUAAGAUCACUACUAAAGCUCCACGUUUCGUGAAGAUUGUGUCCAGGUUAAACAACGUCGUAGCAAACGAAGGCAGGGAUGCCAUCUUCAAAUGUUCUGUCACUCCUGCGGAUGUGAGCUUGAGGUGGAUGUUUAAUGACGUGCCCAUCACUUCCGGGACGAAAUUUAAAAUCGCUCAUGGAGGUACCAGCCAUUCGCUCACGAUUGUGGGGGUCACACUCGAGGACGUGGGUGAGGUCAGCGUGGAUGCUGAAGGGAAAGUGUGUAAAGCAACUCUGCAAGUGCAAAAGCUCCCUGUUAUGUUCAUUAAGAAGCUUGAGAACAAAACUGUCCAAGAAGAGGACAGGGUGGAGCUCCAGGUGGAACUGAGUAGGCUGUCCGACGAGGUGAAGUGGAUGAAGAAUGGCAUUGUACUGCAGCCGGAAGGAAAUCUGCAGAUCCAUGCUGAUGGUAUUAAACAGACUCUGAUCUUCAAGAGUGUGACCUAUGCCGACCGAGGCGUUUACUCUUGUGAAACUCUGGAUGACAAGACUCAGGCCAAACUCACUGUAGAAAUGAAGAAGAUUCAAGUUGUUAAGGGCUUAAAAGAGACGAAAGUCCAUGAACAGGAGACGGCAACAAUGGAGGUGGAACUCAGCAAGCCUGAUGUGGAAGCCUUCUGGACCAAAGACGGGCAAAAACUCAGAGCAAGUCCCAAAGUCCUCAUUGCAGCUCUGGGACCUAAACAUUCCUUAACCAUGUCCCAACUGAAGAUGGAAGACAGCGGGACGAUCUCUUUCCAGGCAGAAGGCGUCCACAUUUCAGCGAAACUCGUUGUUACGGAACCUCCUGCAAAGAUCCUUAGGCCUUUAGAAGAUGUGAGAACUCCCGAGAAGGAAGAUGCCACCUUUGAGUGUGAAGUGUCCCGAGUGAACGCUGAUGUAAAGUGGUUUAAGAAUGAUGAUGAACUGAAACCAGGAAAGAGAUACAUGAUUCAUUCCCAAGGUCGGAAGCGUAGCCUCCUGAUCCAGAAGUGUACUUAUGAAGACCAAGGAUUGUACGUGUGCAAAACGACAGAUGACAACACUUCAGCCAACCUGACCGUUCAUGCCCGUGACAUUAAGAUCGUUAAGCAGCUGCAGGAUUUGGAAGUGAUGGAGAAAGAGAGUGCAGCGUUCACCUGCGUGGUGUCGCACGAUGAAGUAGAGGGUCAGUGGUUUAAGGGUGACGUCAAACUCAGAGCCGGGGAUAACAUCAAGAUGAGACAAGAAGGAAGAACGUAUGUUCUACUCUUCAAAUCUGUCAAGGCUGAAGAUGCUGCUGAAAUCAAAUUCACGGCUGAAAAAGCCUCAUCAGUUGCCAAGCUCAAAGUCAAAGAACUGCCUGUGAGAUUUGUGAAGAAACUCAGAGACAAAAUCGCCAUGUACAAGCACAGGGGAUUUUUAGAGUGUCAGGUGUCUCGAGAGAGUGCCACGGUCACGUGGUACAAGAACAAGGACGAGAUCAAAGCCAGUAAAAAGCAUGAACUGUCCAGCGAGGGAGUGUAUCGCAAGCUCACCAUUAACGACGUGGACUCUGGGGACGAAGCUACGUACACAUGCGAUGCUAUCGAUGAAAAGACGUCGUGCAGGCUGCUUGUGGAAGAGCAGGCCAUCAGCAUCGUCAAGGAGCUCAAGGCGGUGGAAGUGACUGAACCAUUUGCUGCCCACUUUGAGGUGGAAAUCAGUAUGGAAACAGUCAAGCCAGUAAAGUGGACCCUAAAUGGAGAGAAUCUGAGCGAGAGUAGCGACAUUGAGAUCGAGAAGGAAGGCACUAUGCACCGGCUUACGUUUAAGAAGACCAAGGCUUCCAUGUCAGGCAACGUGCAGUUCACGGCUGGAAAAAGCAAAUCGACGACUCAGCUCACGGUGAAAGAGCGUCCCAUCGAGGUGGUCGAGCCCCUCAAAAAUGUCACCGCCCAAGAAAAGGCUUCAGCCAAGCUUUCCUGCAGGCUUUCCGCUGUGCCUAAAGAAGUGUCCUGGUUUAAGGGUCAAACUGGUCUGGAGGCAUCAAGCAAGUAUACUAUGAAACAAAGUGGCACCGAAAUGCAGCUGGUCAUCCAGGCGCUGACUCCAAGCGACACUGGAGAGUACCGCUGUCAAACUUCGACUUGUGAGACAAAAGCCACUCUAACUGUUGAAGUGCGUAACAUUCAGAUCAUCAAGCGAUUGACAGACGUGGAGGUCGAUGAGGGAGGUGACGCCGUGUUCACCUGUGAGGUGAAUUACGCAGACGAGGAAGCCGAGUGGUUCCUUGACGACAAGCCGCUGUUCAGCAACGAGGUUAACGUUAUCCAACACGUGCACAAGACGCAUACCAUCACCCUCAAGAACCUGGCGCCUCAAGAUGGUGGGAAGAUCACCUUCAAGGUUAGGGAGGAGAAACAGACGGUCUGCCUGAAAGUGAAAGAAAAGAAAGCUGUUUUCCUUAAGUUGUUAGACGACGUGAUCGGAGAAGAAAAGGGGUCUGUGACUCUGAAAUGUGAAGCCUCAAAACCCACGGUGUCCCCUGUUUGGCGGAAAGACAAUGCCGUCCUUUCUGCAGGCAUUAAGCACGAGCUGUUACACGACGGCAGAAUCCUAGGCCUGACGAUCCGGGACAUCACGCAGGCGGACGCUGGGGAAUACAGCUGUGACCUGGGUACAGAUCUAACCAAAUCCAAGGUCACCAUUAGAGACAUCAGCAUUGGCAUCACAAAACGCUUGAAAUCCAUGGAGGCGAAAGCAGGUGAGACCUGCGUGUUUGAGUGCAUCCUCUCUCGAGAAAGCUCGGACGAAUGCUUAUGGAGCCUGAAAGGCCAACCUGUGACAAGCAGUGGACGUUUCCAGAUUAGCAGCAAAGGGCGCAAGCACACACUUAGCAUCAAAAGAGUGACUGGGUCUGACUCUGGGGAGGUCGUUUUCACUCUCAAGGACUUAAACUCGAGAACAACAUUGUCUGUAGAAGGUGAAGUUCCUACCUUCACCAAAGAGCUCCAGGGUGUUAGCGUCGCUCCUGGAGAAGAUGCUGUGUUCCUCGGUGAGCUCUCUCAGCCUGGCUUGGACGUUGUUUGGUGUAAAAACGGAAAGCCGUUGCAGAAAAGCCUAAAGUAUGAGAUGAUUCAGGAGUAUAAGGUUGUCAAGCUGAUUGUUCACAGUGUUACCACUAAGGAUUCUGGAGAAUACAGUUGUGAAGUGACCGGCGGACUGAGCUCAAAAACUCAACUGGAAAUUAAAGAGCCUAAGAACAAGUUCAUCCGUGAGCUCAAGAAUAUCACCGCGCCUGAAAGAGGUACCGUCAGUUUUGAAUGUGAAACCGCUCGUCCGGCUUCCAAAGUCACUUGGAUGAAAGGUUUGAAGGAGAUCCUGGCAGGAAGGAAGUAUCAAAUGACGCAGAAGGAAAGAGUCCAUAUGCUUACAGUGAAAGAUUUGGAUGAGGCUGACAGCGAUGUGUACUCAUGUAAUGUCGACACUGCCAAGAGUGCGGCCCAGCUGACCGUUCAAGCCCUUCCCACAAUUUUCACUCGAGAGUUGAAAGACCAGAAGGCUCUGGAGAAGGAAAGCGUCACCUGGUCCUGCGAGCUCUCCAAACCUGGCAUGCCGGUUCAGUGGCGCAAAGGCGAUGUAGACCUUUUCUCUUGCGCCAAAUAUGAAUUCCGGCAAGAUGGCCACCUCGUCCAGUUAAUAAUUCAUGACCUUAACACUGAAGACUCUGGAUACUACACCUGCGACAGCGGAGAUCAGAAAACCACAGCGCACCUCGAAGUGAAGGAAUUACCCAUUGUGUUUAAAACACCCCUGAGCAAGCUGGAAGCUGAAGCUGGGGAAACCGUCAUAUUCCGGUGUGUACUUAACAGACAGUGGGUGCCUGUAGUAUGGAGAAAAGAUCAGAAGAUUCUACAGUCCAGUAACAAGCACCAGUUAAGGCAAGAUGGCGCAGUGGUCGAGCUAGUCAUCUACAAGCUGCAGGAAGCAGACUCAGGAGAGUAUUCCUGUGAUUCUGGGCAUGAAACCACUUCUGCCCGACUCACAGUGAAGGAACUUGACAUUACUAUUGACACCGAGUUGAAGAGCUGCAUCGUCAACGAAGGAGACGAUGUGUCCUUUGAGUGCUUUGUAUCUCAUGACGGCGCCCGGGACGUGACCUGGGAACUUCAGGGUGUUCCUCUGCGGAGCAACGAGAUGAACGUGAUCCAAGCGGAAGGCAAAAAGCAUUCGCUUACUCUAAAGAGCGUGACAGAGAAAGACUCGGGCACCAUCUCCUUCCAUGUGGGGAGCCACACUUCCUUUGCUUGUCUCACAGUUAAAGCUGUCCCUGUGCUGCAAUUUACAAGCGACCUGAAGAACCAAGAAGCCGAAGAAGGCGAUAAAGCUACGUUAUCCUGUGAAACUUCAAUCCCCGAUGCCCAUGUGACCUGGAAGAAGGGCAGGAUAGUCCUUUCUGAGGGGGACAAGUAUUCCAUUCAGAAGAACGGAACAAUCCAGACCCUGGUGAUCCACAAGCUGACGGUGAUGGACGCCGGAGAAUAUGUGUGUGAAAUCGGCGACAAACAAAGCAAAGCCACUUUGAGCAUCAAAGAGCGUGUCCGAAUUACCAGAGAACUUAAUGAUGUCACAGUGAUGACUGGCGAGGAUGCCGUGUUCCACUGUGAGGUGUCCCAGGCAGGAGUAACUAAUGCCGAAUGGUGGCUAGGCUCCAACCACCUUCAAAACAAUGACUUGAAUCAGAUCAGCAGCCGAGGGAGGGAACACAGCCUAGCGUUAAAAAUGGUCACGCCUGACGAUUCAGGCGACGUGGCCUUUGUCGUUGGCUCGGAGAGGACUGUUGCUUCCUUGGUGGUGAAGGAGAAACCCAAAGAAACCCUGCCCUUCUUCCACAAAGAGCUGGAGAACAUAGACGCAGUCGAAGGUGACAUGAUUACCCUUCGCUGUGAGCUUUCUAAGCCAGGUGUCAAUGUAGAGUGGCGUAAAGGAGGGAUGGUCCUGCAACCCAGUAAGAAGUUUCAGAUGAGGCAAGAAGCAUGUGUUCAAGAACUUGACAUAUUCGACCUGAAACCAGAGGACAGCGGCUAUUACACUUGUGAUGCUGGAAAUCAGUUAACUACAGCUUCGGUUUCAGUGCAAGAGGCUGAGGUGCUCAUAGUGUCUGGUAUAAAAAGCACUGAUGUCUUUGCGGGAGAGCAGGCAGUGUUCUCCUGCCAGCUGUCUCGCCGUGCCAGGGGCAGAGUCCAGUGGUGGCUGGAUGGCACUCGUUUGGACAACAGUCCCUUCAGUAUUAUCGGGGUGGGUGAAGGCAAUGUUCACACCCUCACCCUAAAGAACCUGGCACCAAAUGACUCGGGCACCGUCCUGUUCAAAACGGGAAGCUUGACCUCCUCGGCUAGGCUGUUAGUUAAAGAUCCUAAUGUGGAGAUAGUCAGUGCCAUGGAGGAUAUCAACAUAGCAGAGAACCAGCCUGCAGAGUUCAUCUGCCAGUUCUCAAGGCCAGUCAAAGCCACAUGGAAGCGAAACGGGCAACCUGUGCAACCUGAUGGCCACAGGCUUAUAGUGGAGCAAGACUGGACCGUAGCACGGUUAUACAUUAGCCAGGUGACCGCACAGGAUGUGGGUGUAUACUCCUGUGAGGCAGAAGGGACCUGUGUUGAGGCACACCUGAGGGUGCAAGCUAAACCCAUCGAGAUCAUUCAAGGUCUGGAAAAUGUGGAGACCAUUGAGGGUAGUGAGGCACUGUUUGAGUGCUCGCUAUCUGUCCCUGAGUCCAAAGACUGCAGGUGGUUGGUCGAUGGGAAACCGGCGACGGAGUCCGCAAAAGUGGAAAUUGUUUCCUUCGAGAGUGGUCGUCGCCAUCUUUUGCUGCUGAAAGACUUAAAAGCUGGCUUCAACUGUACAGUAACUUUCCAGGCUGGCACUGCCUCGACCUCCGCCCUUCUCUCAGUCAAAGGGUGGCAACUGGAAAUUGUGAAACAUUUAGAGGACAAAACCGCUGUUGUUGGUGAGCAAGUGGAGUUCACUUGUGUCUUAAACAAGCCUGCACAAGAAAAAGACGUGAACUGGUAUGCUAAUGGUGCUGAACUUCGGCCAGAUGAUAUGUGGGUGAUGAAGAAUAGAGGAUGCACUUGCACCCUUAUUCUGAAAAAAGCCCAAGCCCCGUCCCCACUGGAGAUUACGUUUGCUUCUGAGGAUGCCAUUUCAGUGGCCAAGCUUGUGACUAUUGCCGUACCUGACCCCCCUGAGGAUCCCGAGCUGGUCACAAAGACACCAACAUCGGUGACUCUGUCUUGGUUCACACCUCUCAAUGAUGGUGGAAGCCCAAUUUUGGGAUACCGUGUGGAGAUGCGUCAGGUGGAUAGUGCUCUUUGGCGGCCCUGCCAUACGGAACCAGUCUGCAAUACUGAGUUUACAGUGGAAAACCUUAUCCCGGGUUGUGGGUACAGGUUCCGUGUGGCAGCUAUUAACAAUGCUGGGAUCAGUGACUCUGUCCAGCUUCCUCAAACUGUUACAUUGGAUGCACCAGUGAGUAUUGCUAAGAUGGUUGCUGUCUCAGAGUUUCAAAAGGGUAAAGUUGCACAGCUGGAAUGCGAGCUUUCAUCUGAGAGUCAGCAGACGGUCUGGCAAAAAGACCAUCAGGAGAUUGAGAUGGGAGCCAAAUACCAGGUGGUCACAGACAGCAAAUCCCAAACUUCGAUUGUUAAGGACGUCCAGUCUACUGACCAGGGGGUCAGUGUUUCUAUAAGCUCAGGAGAGGUGAAAACUUCAAUAAGCCUCGACCUUAAAGGAGAUGACACAAUGAUGUCCCUGUCUGAGGAAGGUGGCCAGCCUGGCUUGCCCCCUGAGGCAGCUUCUGAGGGAGAUCUACAUGCUUUAUGGGAUGCUCUGGCCAAAAAGCGGAGGAUGAGCAGGGAACCCACACUAGACUCCAUAUCUGAGCUUCCAGAAGAAGAUGGUAAAGAGAAGAGACAAGCUCAGCAAGGUGAAGGUGCGGAGAAAGAGCAGAUCAAAGAAAAAGAAACAUUGAUCGAAGUCAAACCUGAGAUAAAUCUGUAUACCAGCUCUGAAGAUGAGUCUGUUAGCGGAGGGUCAAGUCUGGUGUCCUAUCUUAAAAAAAGCAGCAAAUCGGUUUCCACUGUGAUGAGCGAAAAUGAAACCCCAGCGUCGCAGAAGCUUUAUGAACAUUUUCAAAUGACUGAGAAAUCAGUCCAGCAGACCAUGGCAGUGCCACCGUUGGAGAUCAUUAAGGAUGACAAGGAUGAGAUGCAGGAAGCUGCCAUCAAAAUCCAAGCUGCCUUCAAAGGCUACAAAGCCAGAAAGGAUAUGCGACCUGCCUUUAAAGACGUCUUUAAGGACCAGAACAAAGAACCAAAUACGACCAUUCAUCUUGAAUGUUCUGCAGAUGGCAAGCCAGACAAAGUUCGCUGGUUAAAGGACGGUAAACCGUUGGUAGAUGGCAAACACCACCACAUUGACAUAUACAAUGAUGGAACUUGCUCUCUUAUUGUUCCAGCUGCCACAGCUAAUGACACUGGGGUGUACACUUGUGAGGUCACAAAUAAAUUUGGUGUUGCAUCCCACAGUGGAAAAGUCAUAGUUGGCUCUACACGAGAGUCAUCAGGGCGUCGCCCGCUAACUCUCGGUUACAGUGCGGACAGUGAGCCAGAGAGCUCCGGCAGCGAGAUGGACGAGUCUUUACGACAGGCAAGCAGGAGACUCCAGAAGCUGCUUCGUACACGUCUUCCACCAAAAGUAGAGGAGGAACCUUUUGUAAGUGCAGAUGAAGGUGAUUUGCCGCCACCAGAUCCGCAUUCGUAUCGCGAAGACGACAGCUAUAUCUACAUCCGCUUUGAUACCCGCAGUGAAGCUCAGGUUGCAUCCCAGCGAUUCCAGGAGAUGUUUACACACCAAGGUGUUCCUGUAGACACCGCCAUUAUUGAAACUGGAACUAAGAUAGAACUUCGCAUCAAGAAGAUGGGAUCUGACCAAGACGGUUCAAAAACGCCAACUAAAGAAAAGCCGUUUAUCAUAUCAGGACCACCUGCAGCCCCAGCUUUCCUGACACAGCUCCAAAACCAGGAAGUCCCAGAUGGAUACCCAGUCAGCUUCGACUGCGUGGUCAUUGGCAGGCCUUCUCCCACCGUACGGUGGUUCAAGAAUGGGAAAGUGCUACAAGAAGAUGACCAUUACAUGAUCAACGAGGACCAGGAGGGCUGCCAUCAGUUGAUCAUUACCACUGUACGGCCAUCCGACAUGGGCGUGUACCGUUGUAUGGCUGAAAAUGAUAGCGGCAUUGCUUCCAGCAACGCGGAGCUUAGAGUGGAAAUGUCCUGCAGCUCUGACUAUGACACAGCAGCUGACGCCACUGAAACAUCUUCGUAUAUUAGUGCUAAGGAUUACAUCUCGAGCUCUGAGCACAGAGACACCGAAGCAUUUGAGUCCGUGGUGGAGGACGAACAGCUCCCUCAAGUGGUGGACGAGUUGCACGACCUCUAUCUCAGUCCCGGAGCACCCAGUGCCAAGAUGAGCGUCAGGGUCAAAGGAUUCCCCGCACCAAAGGUUUACUGGUUCAAGGACGGCGUGGCGCUGUCACCCACCGACAGGGUGUUACUGACGACAGAGAGAGACGUCUACAGUCUGGAGAUCGUGGAGGUGAAAAGCGAAGACAGUGCUGAGUAUUCAGUCUACAUCAGCAACGCGGCUGGGGCGGCCUACUCCUCCGCGCGCAUGGUCGUGCUUGGUCCAGGCAAUCGCCUACCCGAGGCACUGAAGAUGAAAGACUCCAAGGAACCUCUGGUGCCGCCACGUUUUCUGGAGAAGUUCUGCAACCGGACGGUGAAACGAGGAUCAAGUAUCACGCUGUCUGUCAAAGUAGAAGGCUCUCCGACUCCCAGCGUGAACUGGCUGAAGGAAGAAGCGCUAAAGGACAUUCUGUGGAUCAAAGCGGACACGCCCGGGUACAAGAUCGCCAGCUCCGGCUUCCAGCACAGCCUGAUCCUGAUGGACGUAGAGAAGGAGCACAGCGGCACCUACACCUGCAUCGCCAGCAACCGCGCCGGCCAGUGCGUCAACACCGCCCGUCUGGACGUGGACCAAGGUUUGACCGCUUUCCCAGCAGGACAGCAGGUCACCGUUACGCCAGAGAUUUGUGGGAUUACCGUCAGCCCCCCAGAGGAAGAAGGCAAAGGAGGGCCGACGCUGCCGUACCUGUCUGGAGUGGACACGGCCGAGUUGUUACAGAAGCUCACGACGCAGAUCACCGAGAUGGUCUCUGCCAAGAUCACGCAGGACAGCUUACAGAACCAUCAAGUGCUCCAGUGGAUGAGAACCUGGCCCAGUGUGACCACCUCGUUACGUGUCCCGGGAGCGGACAGCGAUGAUGAGACCAAGACCCCGUCUGCGUCACCCUUCCACGGCCGCUCACGUCCCGCGUCACUCAUCGCCGACUCGUCCUCAGAAUCCGACGAGGGUGACGCCCGAGGAGAGAUGUUUGACAUCUACGUAGCCAUAGCCGAUUACAACCCCAUGGGCCUGAGCAAAGAGAGCAUCGCCCUAAAGGAGGGGCAGUACGUGGAGGUCUUGGACUCGGCUCAUCCGCUCAAAUGGCUGGUGCGCACCAAACCCACCAAAACCACGCCUUCGCGUCAAGGCUGGGUCUCUCCGGCGUACCUGGACAAGAAGUUAAAGAUUUCUCCGGACACAGCGGAGGUCCCAGAGGUCACAGGGGAGGAGGUCACGGAGGGAGAGUACAAAAGGAAGCUCUGCCAACUCAUGCAGGAGCUCAUCACCAGUGAGAAGGAGUUCAUAAAGGAGAUGGACUUUGUCACAUCACACCAUCUGAAGCAAAUCGAUGAGGAAAGCACGCCGCCUGAGAUCCGCAGCCACAAGGAUGCCAUCUUCCGCAACAUCGGAGACAUCGGUUCGUUCCACAGCAGCUCUUUUCUCCCUGGACUGCAAGACUGCGACACCGACGACGACAUAGCCAUGCGCUUCCUGAAAAACACCAAAGGAUUUGAGAACUAUCUGCAGUACCUGGUGGGUCAGGCCAAGGCUCAGGCCACCAUCUGUGAGAAGGAUGUUCAUCACUAUUUCAAGAAAUACACCGAUUCAGACUUGGCGAAUGUGGAUCCAGCAGAAGGUCCGGUCCUGAGUGUGAGCGGUUACCUUCAGAGGCCACUGGAGAGAAUCCAGAAAUACAAGGAGCUCUUAAAGGAGUUGAUCAAAAACAAGGCGAGGAACGGCCAGAACUGCUGUCUUCUGGAGGAGGCCUACGCCAUGGUUUCGUCUCUUCCCACACGCUCAGAAAACACGCGGCACGUCUCGCUCAUCGAGAACUACCCCGCUAACCUGGAGGCUUUAGGAGAGCCAAUCAGACAGGGUCCUUUCAUAGUGUGGGAGGGCGCUCCAGGAGUCCGAACCUCUUCAAGAGGCAGUCACCGCCAUGUCUUCCUCUUUAAAAACUACGUCAUCAUCUGCAAGCAGAAACGAGACACGAACACAGACGUCCAGAUGUACACAUUCAAGAAUAUGAUGAAGCUCACCAACAUCGACGUGAACGAGACUGUGGAAGGAGACGAGAGGGCGUUCGAGAUCUGGCACGAGCGCGAGGACUCUGUUAGGAAGUACACUCUGCAGGCUCGCACCGUCAUCCUGAAGAACUCCUGGCUCCGCGAGCUGCGCAACCUGCAACAGCGCUACAGCAUGCCGGCCUGGAGUCCACCUGAUUUCGAAGCAGUGUUGACCGACUGCACAGCUGAACUGGGAGAGACGGUUAAACUGGCGUGCAAAGUCACUGGAACCCCGAAACCUGUAGUGGCCUGGUUUAAAGACGGCCGCGCUGUCGAGGUCGACCCUCACCACAUCAUUAUCGAGGAUCCUGACGGUUCCUGUACCCUCAUCCUGGAUAACAUGACCGCUGACGACUCCGGCCAGUACAUGUGCUUUGCCACCAGCGCCGCAGGAAACGCCAGCACCCUGGGCAAGAUCACAGUACAGGUACCGCCACGCUUCGUCCAUAAGUUACGGAACGCUGCAUUAAUAGCAGGAGAGGAUGCUCAGUUCACUUGCACAAUACUGAGCGCUCCAAGACCAAAGAUAAGGUGGUUUAAAGACGGCAAGCUUCUAUUAGACCAGGAGAAGUAUCAGACAUACAGUGAGCCACGUAGCGGCGUGGUGGUUUUUGUGAUUAAAAACCCUGGAGAGAAAGACUUGGGGCAUUAUGAAUGCGAGCUGUCCAACCGGCUAGGCAACGCGAGGUGUGCGGCGGAUCUGGUUCUUCCUACAGUGGCGAUGGCAGGAGGACAGCAGGCCAUCACGAUCGAAGUUACAGAGCAAGAGACUAAAGUACCAAAGAAAACCAUAAUCAUAGAGGAAACCAUCACGACUGUCGUAAAGAACACUCGAAUGAAGCGCCACGCGUCCCCUCGGCCGUCCCCUAGGGCGUCCGCUAUGGGAGUUUACCGCUCUGAAGCCUCCACCCCUGAACCCCCUCGACAGAAGAGGGUAAUGCCUAGGAAAACCGUCCCCACGCUGUACGUCACAGAACCUGAGGGCACCGCAGCCAGGAACCCCAAAUGGGUCGAGGUGGAGGAAAUUAUCGAGUAUAAAGUGAACAAGUCACCAAAGCUGCCAAGGAGAAGAGGCGCGUCCCCCGAAAGGAGACAACCCCCUGAUAACCCCAACGCUAACAACUCAAACAACAAGCUAGUGGAGGCAAUGCAAGCAUCUGGGGCUAGCGUGGACCCACAGGCUUUCUCCUGGGAAAAUGAUACAGCAAUUGAAUCUGAAACAGCGACUUUAGAUUCUCCAGAAGUGGAAGAGUUGGAUUUUGAUCAACCAUAUGUCCUGACAGAAAUGGAUGCGGACACCGAUGAUAAUCAGGCAGCGGGGUGUGAGGGCUGCAGCAAUAACAUCCUGGACGAUGGUAAUAAAGUGUUCUCCCUGGAAGACCUGGAGGACUAUGUUCCUAAGGAGGGCGAGACAUUUGGUUGUGAAGAUUCACCCAUACCUGAGGAGAAACCGUGUGAAAUUUCUGUUCUACAAACAGAAAUUAACGAACCCACCAUCGGUCAACCUGUCCUGCUGAACCUGGGCCGUCCAAUCGCAACCCCGACAGUACGUCCUGGGUUUUUCAGUCGCUUUAAGGAACACAUCUCUAACGUCUUUACCGAGCCCUCUUCAGCAGGGGAGAGAUUUAUACCCAUCCGUGUCAGCAGGGGGACCUACAGCCAGGCUGCGUCCGUCCCCAGUUCAUCAAGAAGUCAAGAAAAGGUAGAAGUAACUCGGAGGUACUGCUCUGAGGUUCAGAGGGGAACAACUGGCAGUCAGCAGAGCUUCAAAGCCCAAAUCUCUGCACCAGUCGGACAGCCGGUUACGGUUCAGAUUCCUAGGAUGAGCCAGUCUGGAAAGCCGUGAUCAGGAAGUCAUAACUAUUAGCAAAAUAUUGCUAAAUCAUUGUACUUGUCUUAAAACCUGUGUCAUCUUUCCCUAACAGGGUACUUACUUCUAGCUAUUUUACUUUUAAUUACAAAGGAAAGCACAACGUUGGUCUCCAUACUUCAGGACUGGAACGUAUACAAGAAUUGUGACCUCGGGUAACCCAGUGUGAAUUAGCGAAAGUGAUUUCUCGCUCUUUGUGGGUUUUCGACACCAUUUUGCACAAACCACAAUGUUUUUGUCAUUUCAACAACCCUCUCAAAGUGUGCAUGAGAACAAAAACCAAAACAGCUUCCUGUUUCCUUUUUUUUUCAAGCCUUAGCACGGUCAACAUCUCAAUCACUUCAAACGCACGUUUGCUCUGAAGAUCGUCCUAGCAUUUAAAAGAUUUUCACUUUUCUUAAACAUGUCGCAAAACUUCAUAAUUCUAGAAGGAAAAUUUAACUAAACUUGUAUGUUACCGAAGACGUAAGGAAUGUAGCACAUUAACUACAAACCGUUAAAGUGCAAAUACAAAACAAGGAAGCUAGUAUAGCUAAUACUAGCUAGCUUUUCUAGCUAUUGAUUUCAUUUAAUUUGAUACUCCCGUCCAAGAAACAACAAAACGGGCAAAAAAAUUUUUACCUGUGAAGGCAUUCAGACAUAAAUAUUUUUUUAAUCCGUUUUCCUUUUCUCUUGUAUUUUGACUAAACCGAUAAAUUAUUGAUUAGCGCUCAUCGCUGGAGAAAAAAAAGGUCUUUCAGUAUUUUUGGCCUUUUGCUUUGUUAAUUAUUGCGCACACAAAUUUUGUUUAGCAUAGUGUAUUUUUAUUAACAUAUAUUUUCAAAAUUCAGUUUAAACCGAACAUUUCACUGAAGAGUUAAGCUUUAGUUUUGAGCAUAGGGGGUGUAGACAGCAAAAGGCGUCAUUCUGUUUUUCAAGAAGGUCCCAAGAAAGGUUCACGUAUGGGAACUAGAGAAAACUGAAUACACGGACAAUGGGAUUGAAUUUUAGGGGGAACCGAAAUCGAACUUAUCAAUCCUCCUCACUAUUACCAUUAAUGCCUUCUUUUUAAAGUGCUGCGUGAUUUAACACGAUAGACUCGCAGCAGCACUACACUUUUCUGUGUUGCAGUAACAGUAGCAUGUAGCUGUCGACAUGUAAUUGCUAAUAUAUUUUUCAAGUGUGUAAUAAGUGUAAUUGAAAAAAAAAUCACUGUAUGGUGAAUCAAUGUAUAAUAAGUUAAACUCUUGGUAAUUGUAGAAAGUGUGAUGUUGGGAAUGUUUCAUGCUCUGACUUUUACGAACAAAUUCGGUAAUGUGUUUUACAGUGCAUGCUUUGAGAGUGUGUCCCCAAACGCAUUUCCGUAUCGUAUUCACGUGUGGCGUUCGCUUUCGCACAGCAAUGAGAAAUCUGACUGUAUUUCAAAACUAGACAAAUCCUUUGUAGUCCUUUCUUCAAGCGUCCAAAAGGCUUUAUCAGGUUUACUAAACCACUGUUCCAUGCACUAGAUGGGAUUUUCUGAAAUACAGCUGCCGACGAAGUGUGUUGAACUGAAUACGUGUUGCAGUGGAUGUGUGUUUGUGUUUGGUGAAACUCAAGACACUUCGCCUUGAAUGACUGUAAAUGAAAAAUUCUAAAUCAGAGUAAUAAUAAUAAUAAUAAAAGUGUGCCUUGCUGAGUAUUGCUAAAAUAAAUAGUUUCUUCUUU